GUAAUCUGUAAAACAAUGUCGUCUUCGAUCAAAUGUUUCAACUGUGUGAGUGAAUGUGAAGUCUCUUGUGCAGAAGCAUCAAAAUUCAAUCAAUAGGUUGGAUGUUUGGCUUUCGGAGUCAGAUGGGAUUCGGUAGCUGUCAAGAUAACCGAGCCCGGAUUGACUCAUUUCUCCCACGGUGUCUCCAGCAACUGUGACUCCGAGGGGCCGAGGCAGCGGGGAGAGUCCCUCCUCGACGCUUGGCCAGCGGCUGUCUGUGUGGUUGGAGCAGCACUAUGAAGCGAAGGAGCCGUUUAAUAUCAGGAAUGUUCACCGGGGUCCGCCAGCAGAUUCAGACGAGGAGCGGCAGUGGAGGAGUGCUGCUGGAGAGGAUUAGAGGCGAGAGGUGUUGAAAACGGGAAGUUGCUGCUCAGCAGUCGCAUUGUUCGCUUUCCAUAUUUAUCUUGGGAUAUUCCUGGCUCAGGGUGGAUCUCGGGCCGAGAUUAGAACCAGAGACAAUUCUUGUGCUGCAACAGAAACGGCUUAAGUCCCUGAAUCUAAAUCAAACCCCUCGAUAACGCCCUGCCCUUGUCUCCCUUUUCCACAGUAGGGCAGGUGAUGCAAGCAUGAUGUUGGGUAUCAAGAUAAAGCCACUGAUGCACAGUCUAGUUUUGUUAUCGACGGAUUGGCUUUUUUUGCAGAACGAGUGUGUAUUUAGUGAGAAAGAUUGUUGUGUCUGUAGCAAAGUUGGGCGUUGCAUCGUGCGUUGAGGCCAAAACGGAGCAUCUUCCGGGCAUGAAAAAAACGGACACAUUAGGUCCGUUUUGGAUGUUGGCUUUCUUAAACCCGGCUUCGCUGCGGGUCCCGCGUCCGGUUGUAGAGCAGCUGUAGCCCGGCUGGCCACGCUCCUAUCCAGAUGUUUGAGGGUGCGAACCCGAAGCGCCUUCUCUUUGCCGGGUGGGCUCGAUCACAGAUCAGUAAGCGUUGCCAUGGCGCCCCUUUGACACGCAGGUGUUCCUUCAUCCAAGCCCACGUCGAGCUGUUGAAACCGAUGCCAAAUUGCCUUCAGUCCUCGUCUUGAAUGCGCGUACGAUUGCACACGCGUGUGUAUGUGUGUCUUCCCCCAAGCAAGCCCACUGUACGUAGCCCUCGGUCCGUUCAAAAUUGCUGACAAGUUCGGAUCCCUUCGUCUGGCAAGUCUUCGCAUGCGCUCACGCCGGCUUGGUCUCCAAGCUGUUGCGCAAGACUCGCCUCGCUGAAAAUGUGACAAGUCUAUUCUUUACUGAGCGCAACUAAUGCUAUUUACAGAGCAUCACCACAGAGGCACAAUACAGUCCCAGCAGAAUCUCUGCCACAGUGCUGGAACUAAUGCAUGUGUGACAGAGUUGGCCAUCAAUCCCCAAACAUGAUACAGAAGAUUUGCGGCAUUCAGGGUUAUGUGUCUGUUUUGAUGUGACAUGAAGUCAGUGUUCACUUACAUCCUCCUUAUUCCCCCCAAAGAGGCCUGUUACCUCUGUGGGGCUUCACAAAGUCCCUGUAAGCUGUCUGACACACCACCACACUCACUAGUGGUUGUGCUAUCAUGGCGGGUAAUAGCCAUCUCCGACAGUGAAUGCACUGCACGCACCGCUAAUAACAUUUAAACAUUUGUUUUCAAGUUUAAGGCCAAGUCGAAUCAGAAUACAAGCAGGGCCCCACCCCCCUCUCUCUCUCUCUCUCUCUCUCUCUCUCUAUUUAGCUGAUGCACAUCGUAUCCACAUAGCAGAGAGCUGCUGUCUUGUCUUGUUUCUCUGUCGAACCCCCUCCAUCUCUCAGUCUGUUCCUCCCAACAUCAACAUGCUGCCUCAGUUGGCAGUCUGUCCAUCCUUGGCUCGUUUCCUCCCUACCUCCCUCCCUCCCUCAGUGCACCAUAUUUGAGCCGCCCUCCUGCCAUGCUGUCUAUCUCUUUCUUCUAUUCCGCCCCUUUGUGUGUCUGAUAUUCCAUCUAAGCAAUAGUCAACCGCGACCCCGCGGCAACUCCAAAGUGCACAGAAAAACUCGCCCUCGGUAGCACAAACGCGUGGGCCGAGUUGCUGUGAUUUACAUCGGCCCAACAAUCAGGACUCAAUUUUACAGAUGCAGUUAUUGCCCAGUGAAAAAAAGGCUUUCAAUCCCCCUACCUGCUGUUGUUAGAUAAAGGUAGGAAUGUAAAUAGAGUGAGUCUCCCAGGUGGAACAUGGCAGUGGCGCCGAGCUACUGUUGCCCAGUGUGAGGCAGAAAGAGCCAGCCGUCCCUACUCCACCUCUAGAGUGUCUCGCACCACUGCUGCCUCGGCCCUCUCCCACUGAUGAAAAAUAGAUGUGUGUGUGUGUGUGUGUCUGUCUGUCGUUUGGCACUCUGAGACUGCAGCUCUAAUCAGGAGGAAUGCCUCCAUCCCGGGGUGAGUGUGCACACACUCAGACAUGUACACCCGCAUCCUCUAAACCAGUGAGGCAUGCGCGUACACACACACACGCGCGCACACUCGCACACACACAAACAAUGCUAUCGUCCAAGCUUCAGAAGCAUGCACCGCAUAGCCGACACGCAUACAUAUACACGCACAUUUACACACCCACCUCUCCGCCGCUGCUGUGCCAGGGAGCAGAGCUGAGCUCCACCUGCCUGGGAAUUACCAUUAAUUCCAUUGCACAGGCCUGACUGGAUCCCAAUCCAGCAAAGCCCUCAGCUCAGCUCAGGCAGGCUGGAGACUGGUGAAUCGACAGUGGGGGGGGGGGCAACUCACACACCAUUCACCCCGUUCUGCCACUAGCCUAUUCUCUGUGAUGUGGCAUGAAUGAGGAAUCAUGCCCCUUUGACGCCCAUUUAUGCAGAAAUAUUUGGAAUUCUGCUGCUAAGCUCUGCCGCUAAUGGCGGAUCCACAAGGUUAUAAUUUGAGACAUUUCAAUUGAUGGGGUGACCUCAGGCAUUUUUUCUUCUUCUCACUUAUCCGCCCCCCAAAAAAAAGUGGUUCUUUUGAAAAAAUCAAGAGAACCGAACAAGUAAAGAGUUUUUGAAUGAGUUCACUCCAAGUAUAAGGACGGGUGUGCUGUCCUCAACCCUUUCUGUGGGUUUUCACGGUAUAACGUCAGCUUUUGUGGCUCGCGAUGGCAGGCUUCAAUGAAAGACUAAAGGGUUAGAUCUCGUUCACUCGAGGAGUAAACAGCUGUCUGUGAGUCUUAGAGAUGACAGCACCUCUACAGCCUCCUCCUCUCAUCUAGAUCCUGGCCAGCUGUAGGGGGCUUUGGCUUUGUUUUACUCCGUGGUGUCUAUCACCACCUCUCCCCUUGUCUCUGCGCUCAGACCUACUUUCAGAAACUAUUGCCAACUUCACAUUGGAAACCCAAACGCACCUGGUGAGGCAGCAGGAAGUCACCUUCGCACAAAGGUCAUUCCUCCCAUUACUUGUAUUGUGGAGAUGUAAAGAUUCACAGCAGACAUGCACACCUUUGCACUUGUCGCCUUCUCCCAUAGCCAAUGCCAUGUUGAUAUUUUCUUUUUUUUUUACACGUGUCAUACCUCAGUGGCUCUCAGUCUGACAAACUCUUAACUAUAAAGCGCUCUUUUCUCGCCCAUCCCAUCACUUCUGAGAAUAUGCGGGCUCUGAUGCAACAGCGUAUUUCUUUCCCCCCCCCCUUGUGUCUUAUUCCUCAAUUUUCCGCUGGUCUAAGACAAGAAAAUGUGUUCAGAGUUUUCCUUCCCUGCAGCCUCGGAGACCUGACCACACAGUGCUAACUCAUUUGAUUCAACCAAGGGAAUAUUAGGCAGACAUUUGGUGAUAUUCAGAACACUGUCAGUGACUUAAAGUACAACAGCUCAAACUGCUGUAAAAUGCGCUGUAAUUACACCGGCUGUUUCGCAGGGGGCUCCCCAGCUGAACAACACACACACCGCUUCAAAUGUGAACAUGGCCAGUAAUGGACUUGUCAUGAGUGAAGCGUGAAGCAUGGCCUGACAAGAGCACUACAGUAGGGUGCAUGUCAUGUCCUGCCACAUCAGGACAUUGUCACCAACCCCCCCCCAAACUCAGACCUCACUGAUAGCUGCUGACAGCCACCAUGUUUCACCAAGUGUUGACACAGUGAAUGCCACCGACACUUGCCUUUGUCCUGUCCCCAUCCGCAGUGUCAAGGCCGCUCCUGGGGGGCGCUUAAUGUCAGAUAUACAGUAUGACCAAUUGGGUUUUUUUUUUGAACCGAGGGAGAGUCAAAGGACAAAAGGUGGAGGUAGAGUAGGGGAUACAGCAGCAUCACUUCCCUCCCACUGACACUCCAAUCAGACCAGAGCCACUGGGAUGCACCUAUGAGAGGUUUUUCCUCCCAGGGCCUGUUCAAAUUCUUAUUCUUAGGCCAAGUGUUGCCAAUGCAGUGAUCCUUGGACUUCUUAUUUAUUUCUUCUGUGAUACAAUUAUUUGCUGAUUAUUAUGUGUGUGGAGUGUAUGUCAAUGUAUGUUUUGUGAUCCAAUUGAGCAAAACAUGUGAGAGAGAAUGAUGUGUUAUCAUGAAAUAUUUUUCAUUGCACAUCAGCUUUCACCCACAUUUAAAGCAAACACCUUUUCGUUUUGUUUAUUUGUCCUCUUUUGUUAUUUUCUUCAAUUUGUGCAUGUGAUUUUAUUGCAAAUAUAGUUGUGUGUGAUUAAUAAACCUACUCCUGUUUCCUUCCUAACACAGAGCACUGUGCUACAUUUAGAUGCUGUUAUUUUGGGAUACUGUGUUGGUGUAGCGAUGUGUUUUCCUCAGAGAAGUUAGUGAAUGAGGAUGCCGCUUUUUUCGAGGUAGUCACCUGUUACACCAGAUUAGGCCAUCCACCGAUAAAGCUCUCAUGUGAUUGGUUGAAGAGAACUAAUCCCCCCUGGUUGCAUCCAAUAAUGCUUUGCUGCUACCCACAUGUGAGUGUACCUAGACAAUGUUGUUAUUUCUCACUUCAAACCAAAGCCCAAUUGGGAUCCGUUGCUUGAAUUUCUUUCCUCCGACAAUAACAGAACUCCACAUGACAUCUGUGUGACUCUGCCCACAUCAGAUCAAGACAAUAUCUAGAUUAGACCAAGUGGAGCUUCAAUGUUUUGUGUCGCUCUCUCAAAGGGAUUUAACUGUUGUCAUGGAGACCUGAUGUGAAUCAACAAAAGAGACAUACGAGACACCGGGGCCAAGCCUGUGAUGGUCUACAUCCACGGAGGGUCCUACAUGGAGGGGACGGGCAACAUGAUCGACGGGAGCGUCCUGGCCAGCUACGGGAACGUCAUCGUUAUCACCCUCAACUACCGCGUCGGAGUCCUCGGCUUCCUCAGUACCGGCGACCAGGCUGCUAAAGGGAACUACGGCCUCUUGGACCAGAUCCAGGCUUUAAGGUGGAUCAGCGAGAACAUCGGCUUCUUCGGAGGGGAUUCCAACCGCAUCACCGUGUUCGGUUCUGGCAUCGGAGCUUCGUGCGUCAGCCUGCUCACACUCUCCCACCACUCCGAAGGUCUGUUCCACCGAGCCAUCAUUCAGAGCGGCUCAGCCCUCUCCAGCUGGGCGGUGAACUACCAGCCGGUCAAGUAUACACGUCUCCUGGCGGAGAAGGUCGGCUGCAAUGUCCUGGACACCUUAGACAUGGUGGACUGUCUGAGGAAGAAGAGCUCCAGGGAGCUGGUGGAGCAGGACAUACAACCGGCCCGGUACCACGUAGCCUUUGGACCUGUAAUCGAUGGGGACGUUAUCCCUGACGACCCCGAGAUCCUGAUGGAGCAGGGCGAGUUCCUCAACUACGACAUCAUGCUGGGGGUCAACCAGGGCGAAGGGCUGCGGUUUGUGGAGAACGUGGUGGACUCUGAGGACGGCGUGUCUGGCAAUGACUUUGACUUCUCCGUCUCCGACUUUGUGGACAGUCUGUACGGAUACCCGGAGGGCAAGGACACGUUGAGGGAGACCAUCAAGUUCAUGUACACCGACUGGGCGGACCGGGACAACCCGGAGACCCGGCGCAAGACGCUGGUGGCGCUGUUCACCGACCACCAGUGGGUGGAGCCUUCGGUGGUGACGGCGGAUCUCCACGCUCGCUACGGCUCGCCGACCUACUUCUACGCCUUCUACCACCACUGCCAGAGCCUGAUGAAGCCUGCGUGGUCGGACGCCGCCCACGGGGACGAGGUGCCCUACGUUUUCGGGAUUCCAAUGAUCGGUCCGACUGACCUCUUCCCCUGUAACUUCUCAAAGAAUGACGUCAUGCUCAGCGCAGUGGUCAUGACCUACUGGACCAACUUUGCCAAGACUGGGGAUCCCAACAAGCCAGUGCCACAGGACACCAAGUUCAUCCACACCAAGGCCAACCGCUUUGAGGAGGUGGCCUGGUCCAAGUACAACCCCCAGGACCAGCUCUACCUGCAUAUUGGUCUGAAGCCACGCGUUCGGGACCACUACCGCGCCACCAAAGUGGCCUUCUGGAAACACCUAGUGCCCCACCUGUACAACCUCCACGACAUGUUCCACUACACCUCCACCACCACCAAAGUGCCCCCGCCAGAGACCACCCAGAACACCUUGUCCACCAAGAAAACCUGGCCCUUCAACACCAAGCGGCCUCCCAUGUCCCCGGCCUACAACAGCGAGGACAAGGACUCCUGGGGCGACGACGAGGAGACGGGGCCUCUGCUGGUGGAGAACCAGCGGGAUUACUCCACGGAGCUCAGCGUCACUAUCGCCGUGGGAGCGUCGCUGCUGUUCCUCAACGUGCUGGCUUUCGCAGCCCUCUACUACCGGAAGGACAAGCGGCGGCAGGACUCGGGUCACGGGCAGCCCAGCCCGCAACGGCAGACCACCUCCAACGACAUUGGCCACCACGCGCCCGAGGAGGAGAUCAUGUCGCUGCAGAUGAACCAGACGCACCACGAGUGCGAGGCGGGGAACAGCAACGAGGGGGCACUGCGCUUGGCCUCGCUGCCCGACUACACGCUCACCCUGCGGCGCUCUCCGGACGACAUCCCCCUCAUGACCCCCAACACCAUCACGAUGAUCCCCAAUUCCCUGGUGGGCAUGCCCAACCUGCACCCCUACAACACCUUCACAACCGGCUUCAACUCCACCGGCCUGCCGCACUCCCACUCAACCACCCGCGUAUAGCUUUACGGAGGCCGCGGCGCAGCCGGCACAGGCCGUGGAGGAGGAGGCAGCUGUGGGGUGGUGGUAGUGGAGGAGGAGGAGGUGGAGGUGGAGGAGGAGGAGGAGGAGGUGGAGGGCGAAUGAACGAACGAACGAACGAACGGAGGAGAGGAUUGUGUUUUAUAAAUAUCACAGAGAGGGGGAAGGGCACGAGUCGGAUUAAAACGUGAAGAGAUUUAACUAGACUUUUACUACGAGGAGAGUAGCUGAGAGCUCUCUAGGGAUGUCAAGUUGUGCAGAGCUGCCAAAAUCAAACUGCUUUCCUUCUCCUGAUCAGGAGAGGGGCUCUUUCUGCAGUGUUUUUUUCUAAAAUAAUCAUUUUAAAAGCCUUUUUAAGCUGACUAAAGGAGAUAUCAACACUUAUCUCGAAUUCAUAACACAAACAAAAAGAAGUGCUUUUUAUUUCCCAUCCCUUCCUCCUGCAGGAGACACAUCUCGAACAAUGGCCUCUACGUCAAUAUUCGCAAAUGUUCUUAUUUGCUUCUUUGUUUUUUCUUUGGAUGCCUUAUACGAAGCUUGUUCUUUUUUUGUCAUUAUUUCUAUUCCCUGAGACUAUUCCAAGUGGAGUGUGUCAGAAACCGAUACGACUCAAGGAUGAGAGACUGGAAUCCAGGAUGGGAACCGAGAGGAUAUGCAGAUGUAGAGAUUUUAACUGCAUUUUCAGCAACUCAUUUUGUUCUCUCUGUUGCGUACCAACACAACAGCCACACAAAUGGCGUUAUCCUCCUUUUUAUCUGCUAAAUGAUUUGUCGGGGACAGCUCUUGCCGGGAGAUGAGAAGGCAGAGAUAAAUACUAUGUUACUGUGAUUGUUUUGUUGAGAAAAAAAAGUGCAUCUUUUACGGCCCAUUUAUCUGUUAAGCUAUCGGAUAUCUCCACAGAGUGUGCACGUGCACAUGCUGCUUCGAGCACCUUGUGUGUGUGGUUGCGUGCAUGUGAAAGUGAUUUCUCCUUCCCUGCGCGCAAGCGUGUGUUUAAAAUGCCAAGAUUACAGGAAGAGACUCAUCGUCGCAACUUGCAAAAAGC